AUGCACAUCCUGGUAGUCAACGACGAUGGCCCGCCAAGCAGACGCCUAUCGCCAUAUAUCCGCCCACUAGUCGACGAACUGCAAGCGAAUGGCCACACAGUCUCGGUAGCCAUCCCGGCAGCCUCACGCUCCUGGAUCGGCAAGGCGCAUCUCAUCGAAGCGAAGCUUACGGCUAGUUACGUGCACAAGGAUUCUUUCCGGGAGGACGGGACGUGGGAUGAGGAGUACCAGCCGGCAGAGCAGACGAAUGGUCUCACCAAUGGUCAUCUCACCAACGGUCACAGCCUCACAAAUGGCGACCUCACAAACGGCACCACAACCUACAACGAAGAAGGCCCCACCCCGGACGAAUGGGUAAUAAUAACAAACGGCACUCCAGCAAGCUGCACCCAGCUAGGUCUGCACAACCUCUUCCAAGGCCGGCCCCCAAUCGACCUAGUAAUCAGCGGACCAAACCACGGCCGCAAUGCCUCAACCAUCUACAACCUCUCCUCGGGGACGGUAGGAGGAGCACUGGAAGCUGUUUUCUGCGGGAAGCGCGGAAUCGCAAUUUCAUUCGGCAGCAAGGACGAGCAGGCUGCUGAUGUCAUUGCUGCGGCAGCUAGGCUUGCUGUGCGGGUUGUUGGGUAUCUUUAUCAGCAUUGGGAUGAGCGGGUUGAACUUUAUAAUAUUAAUGUUCCUAUGCGGCUUGAUGUUGAGGAGAGGCCUAUUAUUUAUACGAGGACGCUGCCUUAUUAUUGGAAUCGGGGCUGUUUGUAUGCUGAGGAUUGUGGAGAGAAAGGAAAGGGGGUUACUAAUGGGGCUGGGGAGGUGAAUGGUGCGAAUGGAAAUGGGCUUGAAGGCCGGACAAGGAAACGUCAGUUUAAGUGGUCGGCUGAUUUGUCCGAUAUGAAGAAGACUAUGCAGGAGAGUGAGGAGGGGACGGAUGCUCAUACUGUUUUGAAUGGGUCCACGAGUGUGACUGCUCUUCGCGCGAACUUUUGGCAUGUCCCUGGUUUGGAAGGGCCUUUGGACCUGUAA